GUAUAAUCGUAACUUUACAAACCUUGGGAAAAGAAGAGAAAAGAACGGUCUAAGGUUAGAUUUGUCCAAUUCAUAGAUACAACCGUAUAGCAGUAGUGCCCGUAGUGGGCACCGAAGCAGUCAUUAGGAGAGAUUAGAACGGUAGACAGACAGACAGACAGACACAGAGGAAACUGAAAAGGAAACUCCAAACCAAAUUAAAGAGUUUUCAAAAAAAAAAAAAAAAAAAAUUAAAGAGAGUUCUUCUUUUUUAUCAACUUAUAAACACAUCUCAACUCUUUUACUUUUCUUUUCUUUCUUAUGGUUAAAUUAUUAAUCACAUUCAUUUUCUUUUCUGGAAUUAUAAUGUCAGAAAUUUAGCACCCAUUACUAUUUUUCUUUGUUGCAAGAUUAAUUUUUUGGUAACUUCAAAAAACUGAUUUUAAUUUGACUUGCAGAGCACCCAUGUCUUCAAAGUCCAAAUCUGAUACUCCCAGCAGCAAGUCUGCAACAACUACACCUAGAGUUGCCAAAUUAGGUAAGGCAGGAUCACUAAAAUCAGAUGCUGAUUCACCUUCUCCUGUUCAGAAUUCGCGGCUUUCGAUUGAUCGGUCCUCACCACGGUCUGUUACUUCAAAGCCAUCCAUUACUCGAUCCACCACUCGAGUUUCGACACCAGAAAAGCCACUGCCGCGUAUUUUUAAGCCAUCAGAGUUGCAGGCCCAGUUAUCAGCUGCGCAAGAUGAUCUGAAAAAGGCAAAAGAUAAGUUACAUUUGGCUGAAAAAGAGAAGAAUCAUGCUCUCAAUGAGUUGAAAGAGGCAAAGAAACAAGCAGAUGAAGCUAAUAAGAAGCUUGAGGAGUCUUUGGUGGCUCAAAAGCAAGCCGAGGAGAGUUCAGAGAUUGAAAAAUUUCGAGCUGUUGAAUUGGAGCAAGCAGGAAUUGAUACUGCACAGAAGAAAGAAGAGGAGUGGAAAAAAGAGUUAGAAGCAGUGAGGAGUCAACAUGCUUUAGAUAUGACUGCUCUUCUCACAGCUACUGAAGAGCUUCAAAGGAUUAAGCAGGAGUUGGCGAUGGUUACUGAUACUAAAAAUCAGGCUCUUAGCCAUGCUGAUGAUGCCACCAAGAUUGCUGAGAUUCAUGCUGAAAAGGCCGAACUCCUCUCAGCGGAGCUUGCAAAGCUGAAGGGUUUGCUUGAGUCAAAGGAUGAUGGUGAAGAUUCUGAGAAUGGGUUAGUUGCAGAAUUGAGAUCAGAAUUGGAUUCUUUGAGGAAAGAACUUGAAAAGGCUAAGAACUUUGAACAAGAACUCCAUGAGAAAGAUAAAUCUUAUGAGAAGAUUGUGGAAGAUUUGAAUUCGGAGCUGAAAAUCCUGCGGGAAGAGCUUGACAAGGCAAGGGCAUGUGAGCAGGGCUUGGUUGAUAAGGAAAAGUCCUAUGAACUAACAGUGGCAGAAUUGAAAUCAGAAAUGGCUUCUUUGGAAGAAGAGCUCAAGAAGGCGAAGUGUAGUGAGCUGAAUUUUAUAGAGAAGGAGAAGUCUUAUGAAAAUGUUGUAGAUGAACUUAAAUCAGAGUUAAAUUCUCUACAACAAGAGUUUGAGAUAGCGAAGGCCUUCAAGGUAGAGUUGAUUGAAAAAGAAGAGUCCCACAAGACAGUUGUUACUCAGCUACAGUUGGAAAUUGAUUCCUUAAAGAAAGAGCUUGAAAACGCUAAGUAUUUCGAGGAAGAGUUGGCUGAGAAGAAGGUAUCCUUUGACGUGACUGUUGUGGAGCUCAAGUCAGAGAUAGAUUUCCUGAAACAACAGCUUGAAAAGGCCAAGGAUCUUGAAGAGGAUUUGGUCGAGCGAGAAAAAUCAAAUGAAAAAACUGUGAGGGACUUGGAAUCGGAGAUGCAUUCUCUACAGCAAGAGCUACAAGUGGCAAAGGGCUUCCAGGAGAAGUUGGUUCAGAAGGAAGAGGCUUAUGAGCAACUAAAUGUAGAGUUGGAAGCUGCAAGGAUGGCUGAAUCGUAUGCCUUAAAUUUACUAGAUGAAUGGAAAAGCAGAGCUGAGGAACUGGAAUUGAAGGUGACAGAAUCAAAUAAAUUGGAGAAAUCGGCGUCAGAAUCAGUUGAGUCAAUUUUGAAGCAGCUUGAAGGAAAUAGUGACUUGCUACAUGACGCAGAAUGUGAAAUUGCAGCUCUUAAGGAGAAGGUUUCACUGUUGGAAAUCUCGCUUGAAAACAAGAAAGUAGAUUUGGAGGAAUCGGAGCGCCAUCUAGAGAAAGCAAAUGAAGAAUCUAGGGAGGCAGCUAAGAAGAUGGAAUCUCUUAGGUCAGAGCUUGAAACUGUGAUGGAAGAGAAAGCCCAGGCUCUGGAAAAUGAGAGGCUUGCAGCUUCUAGUGUUCAGGACCUUUUAGAAGAGAAAAAUAAACUGAUUAAUGAGAUGGAAACAUUGAAAGAAGAAGAGGAGAAGAGCAAGAAAGCAAUGGAAAGCUUAGCUUCAGCUUUGCAUGAAGUUUCUGCUGAAGCAAGGGAAGCCAAAGAGAGCUUGUUAUCAAGUCAAGCGGAACAUGAAAACUUUGAAACACAAAUUGAGCAUCUGCAGCUGGUUCUUAAAGCAACAAGUGAGAAGUAUGAGGCCAUUAUUGAAGAUUCAAAACGAGAGAUCGAUCACCUUACAAACACAGUGGAACAAUCGAAGAUAGAUUUUGAUAUCCAAAUGGAAGACCUGAAGGAGGUUUUGAAGGCAUCGAAUGAGAGGUAUGAAAGCAUGCUUGAUGAGUCCAAGCAGGAGAUUAACCAUCUUACAGAAAUGAUGGAGCAAUCAACAUUAGAGCACCAAAACCAAAAGACCGAGUGGGAGGUAAAAGAGCUGGAGCUGAAUAACUGCAUAAAGAGGCUAGAAGAAGAGAAAUCAAUAGUUGAACAGUCGGGGCUGAGUUACGAGGACACUAAGGCUGAGUGGGAACAGAAGGAGCUGCAGCUGGUGAAUAAUGUAAAAAGAUCUGAAGAAGAAAAGUCCUCAAUGGAAAAAGAAAUAAUGAGGCUGGUGCACUUACUUAGGGAAGCAGAAGAAAAAGCUGGUGCAGCACAGGAGGAAGGAUCUCAGUUAAGGAGUUCGCUCAGGGAAGCAAUGUCAGAGACAGUUUCCUUAAACGAAGCCCGUGAUGAAGCUGAGGCUGAGAGUUUGAAGUUGAAGGACAGCCUGCGUGCUAAAGAAAAUGAAAUGCAAAAUAUGAUUAGAGAGAUCGAACAGCUUCGGGCUGCAGAAGAUGCAAAUGUCUGGAAGAUAGACGAAUUGACCAAAUUGCUUGAAGAAGCCAAGGCCUACCAAAGAACCCGAGAAAAUGGUGAGCUCUCAGACAGUGACAAAGAGUACGAUAUGCUCCCAAAAGUGGUAGAGUUUUCCGAAGAAAAUGGACAUUGUGGCGAGAAUAUGCCAUCAGUAGAGUUUCUACCUCAGCAAACAGAAGCAAGUGAAAAGCAUUUGCCUGUUGAACUGAGCAAUGGUGUGAGCAAGGGAGCCAAAACUGUUGAUGUUUCAGUUGAGCCUGAGAAUAAAGAUAAUGGUAAACCCACUGUAGUAGCAGAGAAUAAAGAGAUGCCAAGAAAUGAAACCCCAGAAUUUGAAGCAAAGAUGUGGGAAAGCUACAAGGUUGACAAAGAUCUCUCGACUGAGAUGGAAACAGAACAAGGUUCAUUGGACGACGAAGUUGAUUCCAAGACCGAACCUGCUGAGACCAUUGAUCAGAUGAAUGAGCUUCCGUCAGAUAAUGGUGCGAACUCUGACUCCAAAAAGAAGAAAAAACCUUUAUACCGGAAGUUCGGAAAUCUACUCAAGAAGGGGAUUAGCCCCCAAAAGUAGGCCCGUUUUAGGAACUGCAAGAUAGCAGGUAAGAAUAUGUUUGUUCUUUUGGCUCCCUUUCAAAUGAGGAAGUAUGAAGGACUGAAAAGCCUGUAUUAUGUGUAGAUUCUUUAUUUCUUUUUUCUUAAGCAUGUAGUAUGUGAUUUCUUUUUUUUUUUUCUUUAUCCCUUGGUUUUACCCUUUGGCUUUGUAUUCGACAGAAAGGGAUUAUAAAUUUGUUCUACAUCAGUAUGUUUAUUGCUGGUAAAACAUGAAAGUGAUCUGAGUUUUUGUCAUUUCACUUGUAGGCUUAUUCUUUAUAUAUAUGAUCAUUUGCUUCAACGAGGAAUUGGCUGUUUGUGCUGUUGUAUUGUAAUGAUGUUGUGUACAUUUGAUUA